AUGAAAAGAUUAUAUUAAAGUAAGCUUUUAUAGAAUAUUUAUAAGCAAUACAAUAACUUGACAUAUUUGGUCAAACAAUCACACUAAAUAUCAAUAAAUAAUCAAGCUACAAAACAGUUUUUGGUGGAAUUUCCUCAAUAUUGAUAAUUGCCAUUUUGAUUGCUUUCUUUUUUUCUAAUGUUAUGAAUUUCUUGAAUCAAACUGAAAUCAUAUUUUCACUAGAAACAAAAUUCUCCAUAAAUCCAGAUGAUAUGAUUUUAUCAUAAUAAAAUUAUAUGGCAGCAUUUUCAAUUGAUUAAGGAGGAUAUGCUAUUAAUCCAUAUUUUAAUAUUUCAAUAGAAUAAAGGUAUUAUAUUAUUUAGAUUCAGAUAAUACAUACGUGAUGAAAAUGGAAAGUAAAUUAAACAUGUAUAGUAUAUCCCUUUGGAACCUUGCACAUUAUCACAUUUCAAUGUAUUAUUAUAACAAUCAGAUUUAAAUUUUUAAGAAUAAUACAAUCACCUUGAUUUAUCAAAUUGGUUAUGCCUUAAGUAAGUAAUUUUGAAUAAAAUAAGAAAGGAUUUUGAAUUCAAACUAAGUGGUACAUAUUCUAGUUAAGAAUUUAAUUUUAUUAAAAUAAUUGUACAUGAUUGUGUAUAGAAAAAUGAGAAUGAAACUGGAUGGAAUCCAAUUUGUGCUUCAAAUUAAGUAAUAUAAUAGCAUUUAUAAAUGAAUGGAUAAUUUAAGUUUUAAAUUUACUAAGUUAAUUAAAUUAUAAAUCCAGGUUAACCUUAAGCAUAUGUGAGUUCUUAUUUGGAUGGAGAAAUGUACUUUACAUUUGUUCCAAAAAAGAUGUCUAGAUAAGCUAACUUAUUUUAUAGAAAAUAUAAGUUUUAUAAUGAUUAAUCUCUCUUGCCUCUUGAGUAUUAAAUUUAAUUUAGUAUUGAGAAAUAUUCAUUAAGAGGAAGUUAUUGUUAGACAAAAUAGUGAUUAUAGAGAUUUAACUGAAAUAGGAAGAGACACAGAUAAUAAUUAUGCAGUAAUUUACUUAAGGAGAAGUUAAUUUACUGAGAUAGUUAAUAGAAGAUUUAUUUAGAUAGGAGAAUUACUCUCUUAUUUAGGUGGAUUUCUAUAAAUAAUGAUUACUGGACUUGGUAUCUUUAUUAUAUACUAUAAUAAAAUUUAGAGUAUAAAUUAUUAAAUAAUUCUAGUGCAAAUUGAAUUAUCAAAUAGACUUUAUAACUUUAAGAUUAGUUCUAGUAACAAUAAUAAAAAUUAAUAAAAAGUAAUAAAGUUAAGUUAGAUAUCUAAUUAAAAUGUGUAAUAAUAACCUGUGGAUGAUUCAUAGAAUAUUAAUUUAAAUGAUAGUUUUAUUGACGAGAAUUAAAAGAAGAAUUAUCUCAAAAGUGCAAUCAUUAAAUAAUUUCAUUAGUUGAAUAAGAUUAGUUUAUCAUUAAAAUUAUUCUUUAAUUAAAUGACUUUUGGAUUAUUGUUCAAUAACAAUGAUUCUCUAUUUUUGAAUAAAGCUAUGUAAUUAUUAUUUGUAUUUUAUUAAUUUAGUAAUUAAGUAAAUCUUGAUUUAAAUAUUCAUCAUAUACUUUAUAAGAUUUAGGAGAUAUAGAAAUUGAAACAGGUAUUGUUGAGACGAUCUCAAAUAAUGUUAUUUAAUUUUACCCCAAAACCUUUGAUCACGUUAGAUGUAGAUUAUCAAUUACCAAAUCGAAUGGACUUUGAAGAUAACCUUAGUGAUUUGAUAAGUUCUAAUCCUUUAGACUAAACUGAAAAUAAUUUAUUCUCCGAUUUAUAUUAAGUACAAUUUUAUAUCCAUAUUUAUUGAAGGCUUAUUUAGAAAUAAAGAAGGAGCUAGAGGAAUAAUCAAUACCUCUUUGUUAGUUUUAAUUGAAUUCAUAAUUAGCUUUAGAGUUAGGACCAUAAAUGUAAGAGAUAUUCAAAAAUCAGGAAUUGAUAGAAAAUUAAGAAAAAGUGGGAUUUUCAGUUAUUUUAAAGUCGGUAAAUGAAUGA